AUGGGUGCGUUCGAUCACAUUGUUCUUGUGAACUUGGUUUUUCUUCUGAUACAAUGGGUGAGAGGUUGGGUAGCGGAUCCAAUAACUGGUCCUUUCAUUCAACUUCCUCUAAAUACCUCCAACUUUCACAUCCAGAAGCCUUAUGACUUGCCAGUUUGGGAACGUUACAGCUUUGUUAAUGGAAUUCACAAGCUAUGGGUUUACUCCACAGACAAUCCUUUGUCCAAAAAUAGCCCCACCAAACCUCGUACUGAGGUUAUGAUAAAAGGAUAUAAUUAUUCGUCAAAUGUGUGGCAAUUUGAGGGAUAUGGGUAUGUGCCUAGUGGAACAUCUGGUGUGAGCAUAAUGCAAGUGUUUGGAGCAAGCCCUCCUCAUCCCACCACUCUGCAGCUUAGAAUUUACAAUGGCUCACUCACCUACUAUACAAGUGCAGUUCUGGUUCCAAAUAUAUAUGACAAAUGGUUCCGGGUAAAUGUGAUUCAUGAUGUUGAAUUAUCAAGAAUCAAGAUUUAUAUCGAUGGAAAGUUCAGGUACGAAGAACCUGGCCGUGGGGGAACCUUUCAUUACUUCAAAUUUGGGGUUUAUGGCCAGAUGAAUGAUUCAUACUAUAUGGAAUCUCGCUGGAAAGACAUCAAAGUUUUUAAAAAAUGUAACUGA